AUGGUUCAGUUAGCUGAGAAAACUCAGAAAUCCAAGGUCCUUUCUAUCAAAAUGAAGAUUGCUACCAAGCAUGUUGAUGAUAUUGAUAAUGAGAGGAAUAUUGUUAAAAGUUGUCUUUCAGGGAUAAAUCAAUAUCCGUUGCGGCUUGUUGAGACUCCUAACUCUUUGUUCACUGUCUCGGUUCGACAACAACUAUCCGACAAGCUGCAACUAGUCUUUGUGAUGCCUAAUCAAAUCGAAUGUGUUUCAGGAAGCGAGGAUUUUCCGAAACAAGGGGGAGAAACUGAUCAACAGUCAAAUCCAAAGCCUAAAACUGAAACUGAUCAACAGCUGAAUCCUAACACUAAGACUUAUCAGAAGGGUAAUGAAGCUUCUGCAUUAAAGAAAGGAAAAGGGAAAGUAAUUGAUGAUGAAGAGGAAGAAGAGUUGUCUAAUUCUGAAAAUCUAGUGAGAAAGAAGCGUGACAUAGAGCUACAUGAUCUUUAUGCUAUUCGGAAGAAAUUAGAAGCAGAGGAAGUUAAGGUUAAGAAUGCAAAAAUUGUGGUUGAAACUCUGAAAGCGUUAUUUCCUCGUUGGUCAAUGAAGAGAAUUCAGAAAGAGGCUAUUGAUGAGCCAAGCAUCUACUGGCUGGAGCCCUCGAUCUCAUUUGACUUAGUCAAUGAUGUAGAAAAUCAAUUUGAUUUCCCAAUCACUCCAAGGGCUUUUCUCUUUGAAUGUUUUGAAAAUAUAGAGAAGUCUUUGAUUUUUGUAGUUGUGAAGCCUGGAUUUCCUGUUCAGACCGAAGACUUUGUGAAUAUAAAGUUUAAGGGAUUCAUAGGAUCUAAUCACGUUCUAGAUGAGUUCUCUUUGUUGGGCCUUCCAUUUAUGAACACAUAUCACUGGAUCUCCUUGUUUCACAUCAUUACGAAAGAGGAAAAGAAGUAUGAGCCUACCAUUGCACAUUUAAAAAGGAUGCUCAUUUGCUACAUCCAUGAAAUUACGAAGAUGGAUGUCGAAAUAGAAUCAGUUCUAAAAAAGAGGCCCAUUCUAAACCCGGAAGAGCAAACGAAGGAUGUUCAGAAGCUGAAAAUCGAAAUUAUCCGAAAAUAG